CUUGAGUCCGCCGCUGGGUGACUUCUAGGCGGCUUGGUCGCGCGGCCCGCACUCCGGCCCCAUCUGCGCUGUGGCUGUCGCGGGCGGUUGGGCCUCAUCCAUCUCGGGCUCCUCCUCGGCGCCCCGAUUCCCGGGCUCACGGUGCCAUCCCCGGCCUCGGUCCUUUGGAAGGAAAGAUGAAUGGGAGAGCUGACUUUCGUGAGCCGAAUACAGAAGUUCCAAGACCAAUUCCCCACAUAGGGACUGAUUACAUCCCAACAGAAGAAGAAAGAAAACUCUUCGCAGAAUGCAUUAAUGAAAGCUUCUGGUUCAGGUCUGUUCCAUUGGCUGCAACAAGUAUGUUAAUUACUCAAGGAUUAAUUAGUAAAGGAAUACUUUCAAGUCAUCCCAAGUAUGGUUCUAUCCCUAAACUUAUAUUUGCUUGUAUCAUGGGAUACUUUGCUGGAAAACUUUCUUAUGUGAAAACUUGCCAAGAGAAAUUCAAGAAUCUUGAGAAUUCCCCUCUUGGAGAAGCCUUACGAUCCGGACAGUCACGUCGAUCAUUACCACCUGGGCACUAUUCUCAGAGGUCAAAAUAUGAUUCAAGUAUGAGUGGUCACUCUUCCUUUGGGUCAUCCCCAGCAGCGGACAACAUAGAGCAGGAGAUGCUCCCUCGUUAUGAACCAAUUCCAUUUAGUGCUUCUAUGAAUGAAUCUACUCCCACUGGUAUUAGUGAUCAUAUUGCCCAAGGACCUGAUCCCAUCCCUGAAGAAAGUCCCAAAAGAAAAAAUAUUACAUAUGAGGAAUUAAGGAAUAAGAACAGAGAGUCAUAUGAAGUAACUUUAACCCAUAAGACUGACCCCUCAGUCAGGCCUAUGCAGGAAAGAAUGCCCAAAAAAGAAGUCAAAGUAAACAAAUACGGAGAUACUUGGGAUGAGUGAAAAAUUGCAUCAUUGGAUCUACUACUGAAGGUGUUUCACUGUCCAGCUUCAUCUAGGUGGUCAUGAAUAUGAAUAUCUGCAUGCUUUGAACUCAGCAGCAGUCUUCAUAAACACAUUCAAAACGAAAACCUGGGUUUUGUGGUUUGGCUAUAAUGCUUCAAAAAACACAUUUUCAAUAUUAAUAUUGUAUAAAUGUGCUCACUUUGAGAAACUUCCUGAAUGAUAGUAUUAUACCAUGAUAGUAUACAAUUUGUUAAAUUGUUGAAAUUACUGGGCAAAGAUCUCUUAUAAAACAAUAGGCUAGAUUAUAAUGUUCUAGAGUCAGCAUAUAUUUGCAUGUUGAAUUAGGGUAGUAUGGGUGGGGAGUUUAAGCAUACUUUUCAAGUAUUAAGCUUUAAAAAUAAUGUCUUUCUCCAGUGUUUACUGUAUUCUCAAUGUUUAUGGUAAAUAAAAUAUAAAGAAAUAUG